GACGCUACUAUUUAGAGCGAAUAACAUUGUGGAAAAUAUUAAGAUUAUAUGAACAUGUAUAUUUAUUUUUUUUUGUUAAGCGCAACUCAAUUGAAUUAAAAUAAAAAUAAACAUUUAUUAAUAUAUUUGAAAAUUUCAAUAUGCACGGAUUAAGAGCAGAUCAUAAUUCAGGCAGUAGUCUUGGAACAAGCAGGUGGUUGGAGGCCAUUUGGGAACCGAGCGCUAAAAUUUAUACUCUUCCUGGCGGCCUCGAUAUGCUAGAUGUAAACGGUGAUGGUGAUGUGCGUCUUGUGUCCACAGAUUUAGGAUCCGUUAACGCUAAUUCAACAAAGAUACGCGUUUAUAAAGGAAGUGAUCAAAUAACGGAACAUAAUAUGGUAGAUGCACCUUGUGGAGUCGCUGGAUUUUAUACAGAGAACGGUGAACCCAGAUCAGCCGUAUUAGCUGCAGGAGCCGGCUCCAGCGUUUAUAUCUUUAAGAAUUUAAGGCCAUUUUUUAAAUAUUGCCUGCCGCAUCUCGAAGCUCAUCCUAAAGAGCGAGAAAUAUGGCAUAAGGCUGGUCUCGAAGAAGAACUAAACGUGCUGACAUUAGCCGAUGAUCUAGACUCGUUGUUGAAAGAACUUGGGGCAGCAGCAAUUUCUCCACGUACCUUAAAAUUUUUAUCGAUGGAUGUAAAUUUACGAAUGAGUUUUGCGGAACAAUACAGAAGGAUACCUUUGAUUAAAAACAACGCAGUCACCGCCCUUGGUGUUAUCAGAAAGGAUUCAUGGAAUGAUCCUGCUUGUAGUUGCCUUAUAAUCGGCACAGAAAACAGAGAGAUCCUCGUAUUGGAUCCGAGAGCGUUUACCGUUAUGGACAAGCAUCUUUUAAAGUGGCCUCCUGUAUCAUUCGCCACUACUGGUUUGUGGGCUGGUGAUGGGCGAAUUAUGGUGGUCGGUAGAGACGGAAACAUAGGAGCGAUACGAAGAGGGAGUCCUGUGAAACUCUGGGAAAAACUUGAAGCUCCGAUCGUUGCUAUCUCUGUUCUUAACGGUGAUGGUGCAGCAGUCGCUAUUAUGGACGGAACGUUAUUAGGAUUUUCCAAAAAAGGUAUUAAAGUAUGGAGCAUCAAUGUACCAGGUAUUAUAUUAGACAUGGUAAGUUUGCCAGUACCACAAAGCGGACUUUCUUUACUAGCCGUCAGUACGGCUGGAUAUGGUGUACGAAUAUACGAUGGUAAGCAUCACGUGGACACGAUUAAAACAAUGGAACCAGUGUCUGCGAUAAAGUAUGGACGGAUGGGACAAGAAGAACGAGCGAUGGCGAUGGUAACGGUCAGUGGUGGUCUCUGUGUGAAGAUAUUAAAGCGAACUGCAGAUUUUAGUAUACAUAAUACAAUUUUCUCCGUGACACCAAAUGGUGGUACAAAAUUUGUGAUACCAAAAAAAACGCGUCUUUUCGUGGAGCAAACAAUAAGAGAAAGAUCUGAAGCGAAAAAAAUUCAUAAUACUUUUCAACAGGGUUUUCUACGACUACGCUUAACUAUUGCCAAAAAUGCUCUUGAUCUGUUAACCGGUUGUGAAAAUACAGGACUUGAUCCGAUAUCCUUGGAGGCUAAUGUCCUUGGCUUAGGACCCAAUUAUCGAAUUCAGAUAUUAAUCACGAAUAUUUCGGAUGGAUUAUCCGAUACUGGAUUGUUUAUCGUUUGUAGAGGAGAAAAUACAGAAGUCAACCCACGUGUUGUCAACUUGCCUUUAUUACCCAGCGGUAUACCAAUCCCGAUAACAAUUGAUGCUACGUUAAUAAAUAGAAUUUCUGGCAAGGUACAAGUUUUACUUUGCAAGAAGGAUAAAUCCAAGCCACUUACAUUCACUAACGUUAUCUUACCAGCUGCUGAAGAAGAGAUCGAAGUUUAAAAAUUUUUCAUUUUAUAUAUUUAUCA